CUUCUCCACAUACGUUCCUCAUGCCACUCUAAGAAAACGAGAGACACAUGAGGAACAAACCAGAACGGACGAGAAUGAACCCUAUAAAACUGCAAUUUAACACACAAUUCCCUCAAACAUUCCCGCCAUCAAAUUCAUGGAAGAUAAUUCACUCGCUUGGUGAUGAGGUUAUUUUCUUUGUGCUUGUCAUCCUUGCGCAGGGGCCAUGCUAAUCUUCUCUGUAUCGUUCCAAUUUUAUCGGAUGUUCCCGAAGGGACAUCCGAUAUAUUAUGAGCAUAACCGGAUGUCAGAUUCGAUCUGCUCCAAUCCGCAUCAGAGGUAUUUCCUGACAUGGCUUUUGUGAGUGAGAUUCUCCACUGCAAUCAGCUACCAGGCGUUAUAGAAAGGGGCUUAUUUGUUCUCGACAUCUCGCGCAUAAAUCUGACGGAGGGAAUGAUACCAGAAGGUCUCCUGCCCUGAAGAACCGAAUUGCACACUCACAGAAAUGACCUCGAUCUCGCCCUUCCAAAAAAAGUCUUCCUCCUUUACACGCUAUAUCGUUACAGAAUCUUAUGGAACAAAAGCUCGAAGAGAAGUUGCACAAUGCGCCUCGGAGGUCAAAAGUAUGAAACAGUCAAUUGAACUGUACAGGAUCCCGCAGAUCAGGUCGAAUUAAGAAGGGGGAGGCCAAAUAUUGUGAGCAUUGGUCGUGACAUUCGAAAACUACUCAUUCUCAAUCGCUUCCGAACGCAGCGAAUCUCUCGAGCCACGGCCAAUCGAACCACGUCGCAGAAGCGCCUCAGAAUGCCAGUCCAGGCCAGGCACGGAUGCUCGGCCACGACUGCGUUCGAGAAUUCUCUUGAUUUGCUCGUUGGUGUGUGGAUAAAAAGCUCCCUCCCGUCAUCCUCCCGAAACUCGGAGCCCGCAUUCGCCACCGUGUUUUACCCUGAUGCUCGCUCGUGUCGUGCCCUCUUCGUGGAGGGCGCGAGAUCGGCAACUGGUCGCUUUUCGGACACCACGCGUGCACUCGCUACCAGCAAUCAAUGGGUCCGUCUCCUGCUGAUGCCACCCGAUGUGCCCUGUCUUGUUCCUCUGCGACAGCUCGGCCAUAUCCUUCCCAAUUUUGGAGCAACGUCUGAAAGCGAGGCUUAGGCUGGGUAUUCCAUAGCUCCCCCGAAGUUCUGCUUCACGGCGACAAUUGACAGAGAGACUUCCAAUCGUUUGCCUUCUUAAACUUUCUCGUUUAGUCCCAACUCACAGAAUUGGAUGUGCUGAAUCACCUCGACAUUGUACUUUACCGGACCGUGAAUGGUGACUAGCCUUGGAAGAAACCAUUUCCGCACAGCUCGAGUAAUUAGUUUAUGGUAACGGUCUUGUUUGCAGUCCAUCAAAUUUGAUAGUUUAUUUCGUCAAGCUCAAGAGUAGCCCUAUAUGGGCUACGUGGACCGCGACGACAUAGACAGUGGUCACUUCGGAAGUUGGGUCUAUCGUAAACCGAGCAACAGAACGCAUACUCUGCCUGAUCUAGUCAUACGUGCAUAUGGUUCUUACGCCCAAUGUCUUGAACUUUCUCGGUUUAGAAUGUCUUUCCACGCGUCAAACUGCAAUCGUCCAUCGAGGUCACAUUUUAACACGGCUGUCUGAACAUGUGCUCUGCGGAAGUGAAACAAGUCUUUCCAAUCUCCAAUGAUGCUGACAUUUAUCUCCCCACAACAGCUCAUAGACAGCACCUGGAGCAGAAGACACAGUAAGGACAGCUUGUGUCGUGGUAGUUCAAUGUGAACCCAGUGAGCUUGGAGCAGCUGGAGCUGCACAUGGCCUUCAUUCCAGUGAUCCACAAGUCCUCAGCUUCCAUGUCAGGACUCUAUUUGCGAAAUUUAACCUGCAUCUUGAACUCCGAGCUGUAGUCCAGUGUCUCUGUCUAGCGUCACAGAAUCAGAACACAAUGUUUUUGGUCCAGGUGCAGAGUUGGAGAUAUCUCUGGAGUUCUCGCCACCUUACGCUGUGGGUGUGCUCAUCACCAGCUUGGAGGCAGACGGUGAAUUCAAUCACGGAGCGAAGCAUUUGGAGAAAUAGCGAUGGGAAAUAACGAUGGCUGCCUCACUCGUAGGCAGCAGCAGCAGCAGCGGUGCGGCGUUCUGAAUUGAAUUGAAACUGAAUUGAAAGAGGCCGUGGAAGUGCCAGCACAGAAGGCAGAGGAGGAAGAAGAGAAUCCAGCCGAGGAGCUCACGGAGCUCCAGCCCCUUCGUGUCCGCUCCCCGAUUUCUCCACGAGCGGGACGCAUGUUGCUCUGUUGAAUCCUCUCGGAUUGCUCCCGGAGUCCAUACGGGAUGCGAACGAAUUUCGCAGGCAUUUGCUGCUUUACGUUCCAGGGAUGGAUUGCUCUGGGCAGGGAAUUAAAUCCCAAUUGAGUCCACUCUUCGAAGCAGGAUUCGUUCGCUUAACAUAGCCUCUAUGUUCUCACUUAUGUUUUGAGGAGGUCGAAUUUGGUUGAAUUCCUGCAGACAUUAUUCAUCUCGGGUCCCGUGGCCAAGUAAGGAUAGAUUGCUCUCAGCUGUUGGGACGAGGUGUGAAGAUUUUCAAUACGACCUUCAUUUCAGUGACUCCAGACAGCUUCCAACUUUUUUGUGGCUUGUUGUAAAUUAAAGAAUUUUUAUUUCUGUAAAUGCAUGCGCGAACAUGCCAGGUUAUGGAGUUAGUUCAGGUUGUUCUUCUCGGACGAGCUUAGGAGAUAAAUGUUGCCUGCCAGCUAAUUUCGUGAAAUAUAGUUCACCUCAACCUGCAAUUUGAGGUUUGAUACGUACUUGUAAAGGUGGGGGAUCUGAGGUUAGUGCUUGUGAGAACCUCGGGCCGUCUAGUCUAAAAAUCGGAUUAGCCAGCACGAUGUUGGAAAAUUUGCAUCACCCAAAUGUUUGACAAAUGUUGGUCACUUUGUAUGUCGCGAAGGUAAAUAGCAUAGCUCUAAACAAGGACUAUGAUGCAACUUUACCAGCUAGUUUCCUUUGACCUACUUAAUUCAAAAGUAUGCUAAUAAACGGAGACAGAGACCCCUG